AUGAAAGAAAACAAUAAAACAAUAAAAAUAAAAGAAGAAGAAAAUAAAACUCUUAAGGAACAAUUACAAAAUCUUACAAAUCAAAAUGAAAAUCAACAAUUGAAAUUAAAUGAAAAUCAAAAUAAAUUGAAUGAUUUACAAAAAAUUUUGAAAGAAAAAGACGAUUAUGUAAAUCAACUAAAAAGUGACAUUGAAAAUUGUAAAAAAUCUAAUGAAGAAUUAGGAAAUGUUCUUGUUAAAAGGGAUCAGACUAUUAAUGAUUAUCUUGUUAAUCUAAAACAAAAGGAUAUGAAUGUGAAGCAGCUAAAGAAUACUCUGAAUGAAAUGACUGAUAAAUUGCAAAAUAAUGGAAUAAAUUUGGAAAAUUUGAAACAAAAAAUUUCCCAAAAAGAAAUUGAAAAUGAAAAAUUGACAAAAAUCAUUUCACAAAUGUCAGAAAAUGACAAAGAACAAGAUAGUAUUGUUAGAGACCUCGAGGACAGGUUCAAAAAGAAAACAAAUGAAAUAAAUUUGUUGAAAAAUGAUUUGGAAUUUUUGAAAAAUGAAAACAAAAAUUUGUCAAAAAUUAAAUUUGAAAAUGAAGAAAAAAUAGAAGAAAUGAAUGAAAAAAUAGAAGAAAACAAAGAAAGCAUGCAAAAACAAAAUAGUGUUAUUAAUAAUCUCAUCAAAACAAAUGAAAAUGUCUUGAAACAAAUGAAAAAUUGUUCAAAAAUUGAAGAAAUUCCAAUUUUUGUUUCAAAUUUGACAAAUAAAAUUUCUGACUUUACAAAUUUGACAAAUCAACUUCAAAGAGUUGUAAAAGCUCAGAACAAUGAUGAUUUGUUUAAUGCAGUGAAAAAUUUGGUGAAAAACAACAAAAUUUUGAAAAAUUUGCAAGAAAUUUCUGAAAAUAAUGAUUUAAUCAAAUACUUCAAUGAUCUAAAGGAAGAAAACAAGAAAAAUAUUUUAAUGAAGAAAGAAUUGAUGUCUAUUUGCAAAGUUUCUGAAUCAAAUCAAAUUCUACCAUCAGUUAUUGAGUUAAACCAAGAAAAACAACAGUUGCAAGCAAUGAAAUCGAAAUUAUCUGAAAUAACUUUGUCUGAAAAUGGAAAUGAUGAAAAAAUUGUUGAAAAAAUUUCAAAAAUUUCUCAGGAAAAUGAGAAUUUGCAGAAAAUGAACAACCAAAUUAAAGAAAUCAUGGAUGUUGACAAAGAUGAUGAUAUAAUUUGUAGUUUAAGCGAUUUAAAAAAAGAAAAUGAAAAUUUAUUAAAAUUAAAAUCAGAAAUCAACGAAAUUGUUCAAGAAACAGAUGGAAAUGAUAAUGGCAUGGUUGCAAAUAUCAAAGGAAUGAAAGAAAUCAUUAAUUACUUAGUGGAAAUGACGAAAUCUGAAAAUGAAACAAAUUUAGUUGAAAAAAUUGAAGAAAUUCUUUCUGAAAAUGACGAAAAAUCUGAAAAUCUAAAAGAAAUUUCUGAAAAAUUGCAAAAUGAAACUGAAAAAUAUAAGAAUCUACAUGAGGAAUUGAUGGAAAUAGUGCCUGAUAAUGGUUCAGAUGAUGAAAUAAUCAAAGAAAUGAAAGAAAAUCAAAAGAUUUUGCAAAAUAUUUCCAAAAUUAUGCCUAAAAACAGUGAUUUAGUAGAAGAAAUACAGAAAUUACAAGAGAUCUAUAAAUUAUUAACUGUAGAAAACAAAGAAAUGAAAGAAAAAGAAAAAAUUUUAUCAAAAAUUUCUGAAAUUCUUCCAGAUAACAGUGAUAUUGUAUCAGAAAUCAAAGAUUUACAUGAUAAAUGUGUAUAUCUUAAAGCAGAAAACGAAGAAAUGACAGAAAAACAAAAGAUUUUGGAAAAUAUUUCGAAAAUUCUUCCAGAAAACAAUGAUUUAUUAGAAGAAAUACAAGAUUUGCAAGAGAAAUGUCAUUAUCUAACAGAAGGAAUCAAAGAAACCUUCAAUAUCGAGAAGAAUUACGAUGAUAUCGAAGGAUUGUUGAAUUUUGUCAAAGAAGAGAAAGAGAAAUAUGAUAAUUUGGAGAAGAAAGUGUUCGAGAAAGUGCCUGAGUUCGAAGGAGAGACAGUAGAAAGCGCAAUCUCCGAAAUGUUCAAUUAUAUCGAGAAAACAAAACAAAACGAAGAAAAAAUCCGAAAAGAGUUUUGUGUCUCGAACGAUAAAGAAAUUUUCAAUGAAUUGAAGAGAAUUAAAGAAUUAAACGAGAAAAACGCGAAUGACGCGAUCAAACUCACAUCGGACAUGUUGAUUACCAUCACAGGACAACAACAAUUCGCUUCUUUGGUUAAAUUCCCAAUACAAGAGAGUAUUUCUACAAAAUUAGUUGAAAUUUUCGCCGAUUUCAAGCGGAAAUUCGAUAAUAACAAGGAUAAUAUAACACUUGUUAUAGAGAGAGCAAGAUUACUAUCAUAUGCCGGUGAUAUUUUGUCUGAAGCUGUAGAUACAAUUGUAAAUCAGUCUGUUUCUGAAAAAGAACAGGAAAUGAUGCUGCAAAUGGCAAAUGAGAUGACAGAAUUCAAGAAAAUACAGGAUAAAGAGCACCAAUUGUUUGAAAAAACAAAGAAAUCUCUGAAUGACAAAAUAAAUGAGCUGAGAGAUUUGAUUUCUGAAAUAAAUGAGAACUCUAUAAAGAAACAAUCAGAUCUCAUUGCAGAAAUCGAUGAUUUGAAGAAAAAAAAUCGAUCAAAUGAAGAUUCUAUCAGUAAACUCCUCAAAAUUAAGGAAGAACUCAUAAGACUGAAGUCUGGAAUUGCUUGCGAUACUGAAUAUUUAAAGAAAAACUUGAGUCCUAAUGAACUCAAAAAUCUCAAAAUGAUGUAA